GACCACUCUUGAUUCAUAUAACUCACAGCAAAGCCUCCGUCUGUCUCAUGGAUUAUAGAUCUAAAUUGGUAACUAUCGCUUGCUUGCCGUACUUAUUAGAAGUUACAUUAAUUGCUCAUACUGUGUCUUCUGCUUCUGAUAAAUCUCUCUUGUAGUCCUAGCAUAUAAGACCUUAAGGGCACGGCCUUAUUUCCUUUAUGAGCUUUCGUCUUAGGACAGCAUGUAUUGGCUAUAAAGUUCCAUUAGUAGAUAGAGAUCUGAUUCAGAAUUCAGUUUAAGUCCUGAAAUGGGAAAAAAAAAAAAACAACCAACACUUUAUUUUUUCAGAUGAUAGAGCACAUAAAGGAAUGGGUUCUUAUAAUAGAGAACUGACUUACAUGUGUAGCUUUGUAUCUGGAAUAUUUUUAAUGUAGACAUACUUCUUAAUACUUUCUUGGGAAAAAACCCCAAAUUAUUAAAUCUACUGAAAAGAGGUUAUGCUGCAUGUGAGUGAUGUCUCCUGUGGAUUACUGCUCAGUUCUGAACAGAAGGCCUGAAGGAGCCUUCUGGUUUAGCUGCUUUUUUGUUUCUUCCCCACCACGUACCUUACAGCAUGGUUUCUGUCAUCGUUUGUAUCAUCCUCAGAGCUGCCUCUGGUGCUCCUGACUGCGUUCCUGUGAGCCUUAGCAGACUGCUUAUCUAUUUGUCUGUAGCACUGCGUGUUGACUUCAGUACUAUGUAAUUCUUUUUUCUGCCUCUACCUUUAUUUAGCCUCACUAUUUCUGCUUUUAAGUGAGUGCAUCUGGUGAUCUUUUUCUCUUCCUUCCACAUUUGUCAGCAACUGGAUAGCCAGGAGUCAAAUAGGUACAGCUGUGCUUGUGACUGUGCCUCUUCUCUUGUUCCAUGCUGUUACUGCUUAGUCCUUUUAAAUGAUAGACUGCCUUUUUUCCUGUUCUUUGUUGGCUGAUCCUGAGCGCAGGAGCAGUAAGAUGGAAGUAAGAAAAAGGAGGUUAUCACUCUGAAAUAGGGUGCUUUGAUGAUGAUGAAACAGUUAAGCAGUCAUUUUUAAAUUGCAACUGGUAUAUAACACAAAUCGGUUCGGGCUUUAAACAUAAAGGAGUGACAAACAUUGAAAGACAUUGUGGCUGUCAGAAUUGCACGGCAUGUGUAAUAUACAGAGUGCAUAGAUUGAUCAUGUUAAUAUUGCAGAUAUUUCUUUCUCUGUAGUUUUAAGUAUAAGUGCCAUCGAUGUGAGCCUGUUUUGUUGUUAAGGGAGGUGGCUGAGGGAAGGCAAGCAGACCCUCCCAAGGGCAGUUCAGACUCCUUCCUCACGGUGUUGUGAGAGAGUGGGACAUGGAAACAGCCUUGCCUGUGAGCAGGUAUGUGUGGUGGCUGAUACACAGACACCUGUGUACUUCCAGAAUAGUGAUCGGAUCAGAUGUAUUGUUUCUGGUCUGUAAGCAGAUACAGAAGAGCUCUCAAUGAGUUUGAAGCCAAAAUGAUAUGGGCUGGAAACAUCCAAGGUCAACUUUUUUUUUUUUCCCCCCUGUAAAUAAGUUCAUGGUGAGAUACAUCAGUUGAUUUCUGGGCAACACCAUCAACUUUGACUGGUCACAUACUGCCUUUCACUGUAAUUGUCUAUAGGCUGUAAAUAUUGCAGAACCAAGGCAUCAGUGAUCACUGUUAGGGAUUUGUCAGAGCAGCAUCAUUUUGAUGGCUUGUGCUGUUCUACAAAACCUUUAGGUUUUCACCACAACGUUAGUUGCAAAUUAAAGAGCAGAGCUGUGUGGAGCCACUUCUCUGACCUGUGUCAGCAACCACAGAAAGCCAGGAAGGCUGCUUUCCCAUGGAGGGGUCUCAGGGCCAUAGGCUUCUUUUUGUAAACUGUAUUAGAACAAAGGGGGAAAUAAAGGCAGGAGAGACACCUUGACUGAGAAGGGUGUUCUUUGGUGGCUACUAAGCUCUGAUUAAGAUUUUGUUGUAUGAGUUUGGGGCUGAGAUGCCUUAAGUUGCACUAGGAGAGGUUCAGGUUGGAUAUUAGGAAAAAUUACUUCUCAGCAAGAGUGGUGAUGCAGUGGCCCAGGCUGCCCGGGGAGGUGGUGGGAUCACUGUCCCUGGAGGUGUUUCACAACCAUGGCUAUGUGGUACCAAGGGACACAGCCAGUGGGCUCGGGGGCUGGAUGGGGGUUGGACUGGGUGAUCUUAGAGGUCUUUUAACACAGUAAUGAUUCAGUGGCUUAGUGACUGCCAUCCCACUGCUCAGUACCCUCUGCUUAGCUCCCCCAGUUGUACUGCAUCAGGAGCUGAACCAACUUCAGAAGCAGCCCAGCAGAACAGAAGAAGUUGAAGGAGGAAUUAUUUUCAGCUGGGAUCUGCCUGUUCUCUGAACAAGCUCAGUGUGGAGUCCUGACAAGGGAAAGCCUGGAGCAACAAGAGAGUGAGAGGAAGGUGGGGAUGAGGAUUAGAAGGAACUGGGAGAGUUGGCUUGGGCAUUUGGGCACAAGUUCUGGGCACCCCUCUGAAGGCUUUCAGCCCAAAUGCCUGUUGAGUGCAGCUUCAGUAAUGAUGUGUGAUAAGGAAUUAGUACUGCCGUCCUUCCAGUUUCACUUCAGUGAUAAGAGGAGGAGGAGGAGGAAGGAAAAGUCAAAUUCAAGCAAGGAAGUGAAAUUCUCUUUGAAAUGUUUGUGCUCCAGCACUGCCUGUGAUGUUACAGAGCCCACAGCAUCUCACGCACAACCCCAGCUGCCAGCGCCAGGCAGAGAGGUGUGCUUCUAUGACAACUGCACCGCGUCCUCUGCGAGUACCUCUGAUCUUAUUUUCUGCAUUGUGCCUCUAACAAAGCUGCUCCAGCUGGUCGCGUUCUGUAAUUGCUUUUCUAACUCGGAUUGGAGAGUGGCAUUUGUAGCCAGAUGGCUUCAGUAACAGAUGCCAGAUACAGGCAGAAAGAUACUUCGGAUCAGAAUUUUGAUUACAUGUUCAAACUCCUGAUCAUUGGCAACAGCAGUGUGGGUAAAACGUCCUUCCUCUUCAGAUACGCUGAUGACACUUUUACGUCGGCCUUCGUCAGCACAGUAGGAAUUGAUUUCAAAGUGAAAACAGUUUAUAGGAAUGACAAGCGAGUGAAACUGCAGAUUUGGGAUACAGCUGGACAAGAAAGGUACCGGACCAUCACUACAGCCUACUACCGAGGGGCCAUGGGCUUCAUCCUCAUGUAUGACAUCACCAGUGAAGACUCCUUCAAUGCAGUGCAGGACUGGGCCACGCAGAUCAAGACUUACUCCUGGGAUAACGCACAAGUGAUCCUGGUUGGAAACAAAUGCGACAUGGAGGAUGAAAGGAUCAUUCCUUUGGAGAAAGGGAAACAUCUGGCUGAUCAGCUGGGUUUUGACUAUUUUGAAGCUAGUGCCAAAGAAAACAUCAACGUAAGGCAGGUGUUUGAGCGUCUUGUGGAUAUAAUCUGUGAGAAGAUGUCAGAGAGUAUAGAGUCAGACCCUUCCAGGGGCACUUCGGGAAGGAACGUGAGGCUCACAGACAACCCACCCCCUUCACAGCAGAACUGCUCAUGUUAGUGACCUUUCUUGCUGAGAAAUGUCCUUCUCCUUUCCUGACUACAUUUUCUCUCUUUGUUUGUGGUGGUGCGUUACCAUGUAGCCCAAAGGCAGAAGUCUCUAUUGUAGGAAACUGGUAUGUUUAAUGUGCUGGAGUGUUUAAUAUAUAUUAUCUGAUAAUUUAAAAACAAACACUGAAUACAUAUUGUGAUGAGUGCACCUAGUGUUAGUAUGUGAGUUACAGGGAAUGAAGGAAAAGGAUCACACAGCGUUGCACAUGUCUACGUUUGGAUCUACUCUGAUCAACUGCUCGGUGGCGGAUGAGCUGCAGGAUGGUGGGGAUGAGGAAUUGGCUGCUGUGUGCUUGGCUGGAGGCGAGUUGUGGUAUGUAAGACUUAGAAACAACACUGUCUCAGACAAAUAGCAGGAGCCAAAGUACGACUGCCAAUAUUAGUAGAUUUUUCUCUCUGCGUUUUGUUGUUGAUUCCAUUUUUUGAUUUUGUGCUAGAUGGGUGCAUGUGUGAGGAUAGACUUUUGGGUUUCGGGUUCAACCACUAUGUGUCAUUUUAGAAGAAGUGCGUGGGGAAAGCAGCGAUGAAUAAAAGAUAGCUGCCAAUGAAAAACAACCAAGAUAUCCUGUCGGGUACACUGUAGACGUGGCAUGAUUCUAUGAGGGGAUGGAUAAUUUUUAAUCUUCAACACCUAAAAUAUGACUGUACUAAAUAUAUAUUCAUACUAAAGUAUAAAGCUUUGUGUGUGUGUAGAGCUCCGUGUGUGUGCGGUGGCCACGUGCAGAGCUUGUAUUUCUCUGAAAUACAAGGAACUGCUUUUGUGAAUCUGUAGAACUGUAGCAUAUGCCUUUGUCCAUGAUUGCACCGCUGUUUGCACAUCCCAGCUCCAAACGGUGACUGCAAAUUGCAUCUGUAAACAUCAAUGAGGUGGAUGUGGAAAAAAUGUGUUGUUAUCAGUGGUGAAAUCCUGACCAGUUUUAUGGCUUUACCACAGGCCUAUAAACUCCUCUGAUCGAGGAGACUUUCUGUUCCCAGACACUGCAGUGCAGUGCCUGCCCAGCGCACUGUGAGUUGCCUCAUUACGGCGCCAGCAUUCGCUCUUGUAAUUUUGUUCUGUCACAGCUCAAAACGUAUUGGUUCUAAGGGAAAAAACACAGUUUUCUGAAGAAAAAUACAACUAUCUUCAUGUGGUUUGAGCUCAGCGUGCUGGAGGCUUGAUCCCUGUGCAACAGAAUUUUGUUUGUUGCUUUCAGAAACCUUUACUGUGACUUCUGGGUGUGUGUGGCCUAGUAUUGAAAUGGGCUUUUGUGCAGUGCUAGGAGUGCAGUUGUUGUAUCUAAACCCCCUCAAACUGCAAAAUAAAGAGAAAUGUUGCCACCA